ACGAGGAUUCAAGCGUUGGAAAAAUGGGGAGGGAAACCAGAUGUUGUUGUGGCUUGCGUGGGGACUGGGUCCAACGCUUUGGGUUUGUUCCAUGAGUUUAUAAAUGAUAGAGAUGUGAGGCUUAUUGGAGUUGAGGCAGGUGGUUUGGGAUUGGAGACUGGAACACAUUCUUCAUCUUUGACCGCUGGAGAAGUCGGUGUUUACCACGGAGCCCUCACUUAUUUACUGCAGGAUCACGAUGGUCAAGUUAUUCAACCUCAUUCCAUCGCACCAGGGAUGGAGUAUCCAGGAGUUGCUCCUGAGCUAAGCUUCCUUAAAGAGACUGGCCGUGCCGAAUUCUGCGUCGCAAAUGAUCAAGAAGCUCUGGAUGCAUACGGAAGAUUAUGCAAAUUAGAGGGCAUAUUUGCAUCUCUGGAGGCUGCACACGCAUUGGCUUUGUUAGAUAAGUUGGCUCCUACUCUAUGCGAUGGGAGUAAGGUAGUUGUGAAUUGCAGUGGGCGUGGAGAUAAGGAUGCAGCAAUAUUUGACAAUGAAUGACAGAUGGAGCUGAAUACUAUAUAAAUUAAACGCUAUAUUUCUAUAAACGAUUAAACGAACAAUACAUGCUUAAAAUUGUAUUGGCUAGCUAGCAAGUGGCCGG